GCCUCCUCUGCUUCUCCGUCUGCCCCGUGGGUGCUGUGCACCCUGAAGAUGGCGGCCGUGGCGGGAAGGUUGCUCCGGACUUCGCUUGUCCGACACGUGAGUGCCAUUCCUUGGGGCAUUUCUGCCUCUGCAGCCCUUAGGCCUGCUGCUUCUCGAAGAACGUGCUUGACAAAUGCAUUGUGGUCUGGUUCUGCUCAAGCAAAAUUCGCCUUUAGCACCAGUUCCUCAUGCCAUGCCCCUGCCGUCACGCAGCACGCGCCCUAUUUUAAGGGUACAGCUGUUGUCAAUGGAGAGUUCAAAGAAAUAAGCCUUGAUGACUUUAAGGGGAAAUAUUUAGUGUUCUUCUUCUAUCCUUUGGAUUUCACCUUUGUGUGUCCUACAGAAAUUAUUGCUUUCAGUGACAAAGCCAAUGAAUUUCACGAUGUGAACUGUGAAGUCGUUGCAGUGUCAGUGGAUUCCCACUUCACCCACCUGGCCUGGAUAAACACACCAAGGAAGAAUGGCGGUUUGGGCCACAUGCACAUCACACUCUUGUCAGAUUUGACCAAACAGAUUUCCCGAGACUACGGUGUGCUGUUAGAAGGUCCCGGCCUUGCACUACGAGGUCUCUUCAUAAUUGACCCCAACGGAGUCAUCAAGCAUUUGAGCGUCAAUGAUCUCCCAGUGGGCCGAAGCGUGGAAGAGACCCUCCGCUUGGUGAAGGCAUUCCAGUUUGUAGAAACCCAUGGAGAAGUCUGCCCAGCCAACUGGACACCAGAUUCUCCUACAAUCAAGCCCCAUCCGACUGCUUCCAAAGAAUACUUUGAGAAGGUAAAUCAGUAGACCACCCAUGUGCACCUGCAGCUUCCCACACCAGAAAAGAACCACAGCUGGAACUCGCUUUUAGCAUUUCAAAGAUUAUUAUUUAUAGACGGCAAAAAAACAAUUAUGCUUGUAUUCGUAAAUAUUACUCUAAACGUUUUGUUUUUGUAACAUUGGCCAAGGCUUUUAAAAUGUGGUUAGUUACUAACGUAAGGAGUCCUUUAUUGAGUGUAUGGAUGGAUGGCUAGUUGCUAUAGAAUGUGCAGUUCCCCUGUUUCUUGGAUCAUGUCUUCAAAGGGAAAAGGAAACAACUCUUCUUUAUCAGCCUUACUUGAACCUUUGUGUACACCAGAGUAGUACGACAGGCAUCAAAAGCUUCUGAUCAAGGGUCCUGAAAUUUUCUUCUUGAGUUUCUUUGUAUUAAACUGAAUUUUCUUUUAAGAUCAUGGUUUUAAGUUGUUAGCAUCAAUGGUCUAAUUUAACACUUGCAGGACUUCCCUGGUGGUCCAGUGGUUAAGACUCUGUGCUUCCAAUGCAGGGGGCGCGGGUUUGAUCCCUGGUCAGGGAACCAAGAUCCCACAUAACAUGCAGUGCGGCCAAAAAAAAAAAAAAAAAAAAAACACUUGCAAUGAAUGUGUAUGUGAUUGAAGCAGAUGUGAAUCAUGUUUUUUAAAAAACCACCGACAGUGGCCAAGUGACUUAACUGAUCAUGUAUGUUCCCCAGUCCUGAGAUUUAUACUUUAUAUAGUUAUUUUACUUAUUUUGUUAGCUGACUUAGUGCCUACAUACAUUUCUAAUAUUGAUUGGGCAUAAUUAUAAAGGAUAAUUAUUGAAUCCAGGGAUUGCAUUUUGAAUUUGAAUCAUUCAUGCAUUUGAAUCAUUGUAAUUAUUUUCUUUCCUGAAGUGUUCAGUGUAAAAAAUGUAAUAAAAAAUAAACAUUUUAAAAUA